AUGGAAAAAGAACUCUUCUUUUUACUUAUGUGUCCUGCAGUUAUGUCCAAUGUUACCCUCCUUUCUCCGAGAGAUUUAGUGUCAGAAUAUGUAUCUAACCACAAUCGUCUGGAUCAUCCGGUGCCUAUUUCCAUGUCCAUUCUGAAAGUGUCUGUCAACUUUAAUCUGCUACAUAUUGAAGAUCUGGAUGAGUCAAAACAAAUGUUGACCACUACUGGAUGGUUCUUCUUCACGUGGACUCUCGAAGGAUUGACAUGGGAUGAAAGUAAAUUUCCGAAUAUCACACGAGUCUCAGUCUCAUCAACAGACAUAUGGUUGCCAGAUUUAGUGUUGUCAAACUCUGAUGGCCGUCUUGGGGGCGAACAUCAACCAUGCACUAUUAGCAACAAUGGAACUGUGGAGUGGUACGCCAUAGAUCGCCGCUCAACGUCUUGCACUGUGGAUGUCACAGGCUUCCCGUUUGACAAACAACGCUGUUCCUUAGAGCUGACACAAUGGGUUACACUCACCUCAGAGAUAGACUACGUAUUUCACGAUGUACCAAUAUCCUUUACCUCACUUAAAGAAAAUGGGGAGUGGGAGGUCUUGGGUUCGUUUGUAAAGGAAUAUUACGAAUAUGAGGGUCUGUAUCAGAUCCUGGAGUUGGGACUUAUACUUGGUCGGCGUCGAACUUUCUACAUGCUUACUGCUGUUUUGCCUGUUUGCAUCCUAUCCUGUCUCAAUCUAAUGGUGUUCCGCAUGCCCCCGGAGUCAGGAGAGAAGAUGAGCCUGUGUGUGUCUGUGUUUUUGGCCUAUGCAGUGUACCUGACAUCCAUCAACUCCUUCUUACCCUCUGUGUCCGACCAAGUGGCUCUCUACAGCGUUUAUCUGAACUGCAUGUUUGUCCUCAAGGCGCUGACUGUUGUGGCGUCAGUCUUUGUCCUACACCUUCACUCAGCACUGCCGAAGUCGACAAUAAGAAAACAGCUGACAAAGCAUCUUUCUGUCAAUCCAAAGAAAGCUACAACCGGUGCCUUUUCAACUGGUAAUCCCGAUGAAGCUAAUGACCCGAAUGAUGCAUCUGUGAAACCUAACAUGAAGGCCGUGGACGUCAAACAGGUGCUGGAACAAGAACAGUGGUUUGAUAUUGUCAAAAAGGUGGACUUUCUGUUCUUUUGUGUUUUCUUAAUGUUGUUCAUUUUGUCAACAUGUGGAUUUUUCUGCGCAAUUGCAUUCAGACAAGAGUGA